AAUGGUCCAACUUCAAUAAGGCAAGGAAGAUCACAUAUAGCAACUCUUCAGCUAGUGUCCAUUUUCCUCGGCGUCUGAUUGCCACAAAAAGUAAAUUGUUACUGUCAGUCAAGUGCUCUACAUAACAAGCAAGGAUGGAUCAGUCAAAUGGCACAAUUGACAUCUCAGAAGAGAACAUAGAUGUGAUUUCUCUCUCUGUUGAGUCACCUGUGAAAAUUGAUGACACUGCUCCUACAAUGACUUCUCCUGUUGGAAGUCUUGCAUUAGGAUGUGAUAGCAAGGAAGACUGGGAAGAGCUUCGUGAAGCACCACAUGACUCUCAACAGGAUCUUUUCUCGCCAAUCCUUUUCCGCAAAAAACCUCCAGGAAGGUUUACACUUACUCCAGUACUGUCCGUGUCAGACAAUCAAAGAACCGAGAUGAAGAUCCCUAAGUCUGAAGUGAGCAAUGAGAAGAUAGAUCUGUCAACUCCUCACCAGAGCCUCAAUUAUCUGUUAGACUGCCCAAGACCUCCUGCUAAAAGCCGAAGGGUUUCCGUUACUCCAUCAGCUGAGAGAUCAUCAUGCAGGCACCUAUUUUCCCAGGAAAUCAGUCUCUCGGCUCCCUCAGCAUCAUCUUGCCUUACAGAUCAUAAAGAGAUCUGUGAGGAUGGCGAUGAGGAUAAAAACAAAAAUCUCCAGACAAUUUUGAGUGGACAUUCAGCAUGUGAAUCAACCAUAUCCACAGAGGCAGCUGAUAUUGGCAAGAAAAAUAAAGAAUUUUUGGACGAUAAAGCACUUUAUUUCCAAGGGGAAGAAAAACCUGGUUUUCCUUGUACUCCAGAUGAACAACAGCAUGCUUUAAAAAGUGGUCCCAUGUGCACACCAGAAGCAGGAGAGUUACCACCUCUUAUUGGUUCCCCUCAUUCUGACUCAUCAGCAUCAUCCCCCUGUAGUGAUUGUGCAGCAGCAGCAUUUUCAUUUUCAUCUGGAUCGCCCCUGUCAUCUCCUAACCUGUCUCAAGUGAAGCUUAUGAGUCAGACAAUAGAAUCAAGUGCAUCAGAGGUUUGUGAUGCGGAAAUUGCUGUGACAGUUGCUGGCCCUACUGAAAUUAGGUCGUCACCUGAUGAUGGAUGUGCAUCCCACCCUGAAAAUGCCCCAAAUUCUGAAUUUAGUACAAAGUUGUAUUCAGAUACAGAAGAAGGCAAUGCAAAGGCAAUCACAGGUGUAAACACAGGUCCAUCUGAAUCUACUUCUGUGCCAGUUGCAGCUCUCUUGAAAACUCAGGAACCAGCUGAUAAUAAGCUGCUUUCUGAAGUUACAUCUAAUACAAGAAAUGACAUUGUAUUGUGUGAUGAUAAUGUUAAGGCUGCAAAAGUUGAAAUCAAUCAAACCAUCUCUAGUAUGGGCAGCACCUCCAGCAACUGGACUGCAAUUAGUGGGAUUAGUCCUCUUCCAGCCAGUGAUCCAGCCCACCCCUCUCGCCAUCAUAAACAUCGACAUCAUCAUCAUCACCACCACCAUCAUCAUGCAAAACAUCACCACCAUUCCUCUCAUCAUAGUCGUGGUCACAGUCUUUCAAGAACUGGUGACAUCCUGGUAACAAGCACACCAAUACAUAAAAAAAUAUGUUUGGCAGAAAAAGUGGAUGUAUCAGCUGUGACAUCUACAGGAGCAGAAUUUUCUCCUAAAGAAUCGCGCUUUGUCUUGUCAUCGGAACUGCAGUUCACAGAUUCAUCGACUCCUUCACAGAGUACAACUUCUGAAGUAGAGGCACCGAUACUAGGAAGUCAAGAAGGGUCAAGUCAACCAAUGAGGUCAUCACACUCAGGUAGUGAUAAGGAAAAUAUUGACCCUUGCUGUGCACUUGGCUCUCAAAAGUCUCUUCAUGGGAAAAGACCACGAACAGCCUCUCAGACUGAGUCAGACAACGUUAAAAGAGAAAGAGGAGAGGUUGUAAGCUUAACACAGGAAGGGGUUACCAGUACAGGUAUAGCAGCUAGUGGGCAUCAUGCAAAAAAGGCCAAGUGUACCAAAAGUGCAUCUUUUGGUAGACCACUUACAAAAAAGGAAGCAGAAGUUCUAUUAGCAACUCAGGUAAAUUUCAUGGAUGAAGUGUGGGAUCACUUACCAUCUCCACGUCACUCCUCUUCAGUUGAUGAAUGUUUGUUUCGAAGCAUGUCUCUAGAUCCUCAACUGUCCAUUACACUUGAAUAAAGAAAUUUUCAUCUGCAAAUAUAUACACAGU